UCACAGACACAAACACUUUCGCUUGGAUAGAGCUGCAAGGAAGGGUCACUCACAAAAAGUGCUUUGAGACUUUACUUUCCRAGAUGGAAAAAAUACUUUUUUUAUUGCUUUUGGUUGGACUGGUCGUUGCUAAACCUUCGUUUGACGGUGAUGAUGAUGAACUCAUUCAGACUCUGAUUAACCAGAAGGAUGUCGAAGAUGUCCAAUAUCAACCCGAAGCUAACCUGAAUUUGAACGAUGAAGACUCGGAUCAAGAUCUUUCGAUCUUUUUCAAGUUUAUUCACUACCUCAUUCAUGUGUCUGUUGGAAAAGUCAAACCCGACGAACAUCCCGAUAUAAAGUACAUAAAACCAGGGAAAGAACUCGUUAAGAGACUUCUUGUGGUCAGGGAAGCGGUACGUUUUUAAAACAAACGCCUAACUAUGUUAUCAAAAUAUUAUAGAAUCUUCCUAUGGUUGAAUAAAAUAAUUAAUUCCAGGUCACAGGGAGUGA